AUGUGUGACAUGGGGGGACUGGAUAACCUGGUGGCCAACACGGCCUACCUAAAAGCCCAGGGUGGUGAUGACAAGGAGAUGAAAAAGCGCCGCCGCAGCUUGGCUCUCCCCAAGCCUGACCAGUGUGCUACAUUACGGUCUACCCUCGACAAGGAUUUUACAUCGCUUUGUGAAAGGCAGCCGAUUGGCAAAAGGUUUUUCCGUGAGUUCCUGGCAAAUAACGCUGACUACAAGCUUGCUGUUGAUUUCCUCGAUGAGCUGUAUGAUUGGGAUCUGGCUGAAAGUACAACAAAAGAACAGGCACAGAAAGACAUCAUGAGCAAAUAUUGCAAGGCUGACUCCAAGACAUUCCUGGCCUUUCUUACUGGGGAGGCUCUUGACAAAUGCAAGUCUGUGACAGAUGCCAACUUUGACGAGCUGAUGAAAAGCAAAAUCCAGGAAGGUGUAAGAGAUUUUCUGAAAGACAAACCCUUCACAGAUUACCAGGCCAGCCCAUUAUUUGAUAAAUUCCUCCAGUGGAAAGAGUAUGAGAAACAGACCAUCACUGACAAAUACUUCUAUGAGUUCAGAACUCUUGGAAAAGGAGGCUUUGGAGAGGUGUGCGCUGUUCAGGUGAAGAACACAGGCCAGAUGUAUGCCUGCAAGAAGCUGUGUAAAAAGCGACUGAAGAAGAAGGGUGGUGAAAAGAUGGCCCUUUUGGAGAAGAAGAUCUUGGAGAAGGUUAACAGCCUGUUUCUGGUCAACUUGGGGUAUGCUUAUGACACAAAGACCCACUUGUGCCUUGUGAUGACCCUGAUGAAUGGAGGAGACCUCAGGUACCACAUUUACAAUAUAGGCUAUGAUGGCAAGGGUGCGGACAAAGGAAUUGAGAUGAGCCGCAUCAUCCACUACACAGCGCAGAUCACCACGGGUAUUCUGCAUCUGCACGAAAUGAACAUCGUGUACCGCGACAUGAAGCCAGAGAACGUGUUGCUGGAUAGCUUUGGCCAGUGCCGACUAUCAGAUUUGGGUCUGGCCAUAGAGCUUGUUCCAGAGAAGCAUGUCACUCAGAUGGCUGGUACUGGAGCAUACAUGGCCCCUGAGCUCCUGACCAAAACUCCAUACAGGACAUCAGUGGACUGGUGGGCUCUGGGCUGCAGUAUCUACGAGAUGGUGGCUGGCUACACACCUUUCAAAGGCCCCGAGAGCAAGAAAGAGAAGGUGGAGAAGGAGGAGGUGCAGCGCCGCAUUGUCAACGAGGAACCGAAGUGGGAGCACAAGUGCUUUGAUGCUCCCACCAAGGACGUCAUCCAGCAGUUCCUCAAGAAGAAAAUUGAGGAGCGCAUGGGCAUGAGGAACAACAUGGAGGAUCCCAGGAAACACGAGUGGUUCAAGAAGAUCAACUUUCCUCGUCUGGAGGCCGGGCUGGUGGAUCCUCCAUGGGUCCCCAAGCCCAACGUUGUCUACGCCAAGGACACCGACGACAUCGCGGAGUUCUCAGAGAUCAAGGGCAUUGAGUUCGAUGCCAAUGACAAUAAAUUCUUCAAGGAGUUCAGCACAGGCGCUGUACCCAUUCAGUGGCAGCAUGAGAUGAUUGAGACUGGACUGUUUGACGAGCUCAACGACCCCAACAGGAAAGAGGGUGCAGGAGAUCCUGAUGGCGAUAAAAAGUCUGGCACGUGUAUAUUGCUGUGA